AUGGGACGCGCGCCGGCUCUGAGCGCGGCUGUGGGCCUAAGCCCCGGGACCGGCCCCGUGCGUCGCUCCAUCCCAGCCGUGAUCGGUGGGCGCGGCUCGGUGGCGGCGGCGCGCACCACAAGCUCCGGUGCGGAAGGCGCUGGCGCCGGGCCGCCCGCCUCGGCCGAGUACACCGAGGACCCGGACCGGCCCGGCCGCUUCUGGUUCCGGUUCGAGCUGGAGGACGCCGUGACGCCGCCACCGGACGGGCGGACUCCUCCGCGGGCGGGAGCUGCGCAGCGGCCCAGCAGCCAUGGUCGGAUUCAGGCAGGACACCUGCAGACCAGCGCGCACGGCGGCGGUCAGACCCAAACGGGGGACCUGCAGACCAGCGCGCACGGCGGCGGUCAGGCCCGAACGGAGAACCUGCAGACCAGCGCGCACGGCGGUCAGACCCAGACGGGACACCUGCAGACCGAGGCGCACGGCGGCGCUGAAGCCGACAACGCCAACAAGAGACAGUUCGGUGCCGGUUCAGGCCCGGUGGCGGCGGACCGCCUUGACGGUAGCAGCACGUCCCACCAGCAGCACUACCACGAUGGUGGUUCCUACGGGGACGGCGGGCCUACGGAGCACCGCUACGGCUACCAGGACGUUUUGGCCGGCUACAAAACGGAAUCUUACGACCAAUACGGCAACCCGCGUGGUGACCAAGACACCCUCUAUCGCUACCAGGCGGCACUGCCGGAGCCGCUGUACCUGCUCGACCCCGGCCACCGCCGCUAG